AUGACAAAAAAGAGGGAUGUUGCACUCAGCAUAAAACAAGAAGACAGAGAACAGGGAUGUUGCACUCCCUCAAUAGUUAGCUUAACAUGGAUUCUCUCUUUACUACUAAACAACAAACGUACUUUGAAGCUAUCCCAAGAAGAAUUAGAUCGAACAGUUGGUAGACAUAGAUGGGUGCAAGACACUGACAUUAAAAAUCUGGUGUACCUCCAAGCCAUUGUCAAAGAAACACUGCGUCUAUAUCCACCAGCUCCACUCUCUCUUCCACAUGUAGCAAUGGAGGACUGCAAAGUCGGCGGCUUUCACAUUCCAAAGGGCACUCAUUUGUUUGUGAAUCUGUGGAAGUUACAUAGAAACCCAAGUGUGUGGGCCAGCCCUGAAGUGUUUUCACCAGAAAGAUUUCUUACAAGCCAAGCAAACGUAGACGCUUCAGGUCAACAUUUUGAGUUCAUUCCUUUUGGGGCUGGGAGGAGAAUUUGCCCAGGUAUCACUUUUGCAUUUCAGAUUAUGCAUAUAACAGUUGCGAGGUUUAUUCAAGGGUUCGAGUUGGCAACACCAUUGGACAUGAGAGCAGUUGAUAUGACUGAAGGAUUAGGGAUUACUUUGCCAAGGGCAACUGCACUAGAAGUUAUCCUAACCCCACGCUUGGCUUCUGGAUUAUAUAUCGACAUGGGUGACACUAAUCACAAAAUUAGUACUAUUUCCAAGGAUGUGGUCAAAUAA